AUGCGUCUGCCCUACGUCCCGGACCCGCCACCGACCAGCACCCCAGAGGAAGCAAACAUCCUCGCCAGCGUGCAAGCCCGUCGAGCACCCAACCCCCUGCUCCCUCUCGACCUAGCACUUCUGCACUCGUUCCCCGUGACGGAUGGCUGGAACUCGUUUAUCGGCGCCAUUCGCACCCGCACCAGCUUGUCCACCGUAGUCCGGGAACUGGCCAUCUGCCGCGUCGCUGUGAUCAACGGCGCCCAUUUCGAGUGGGAGCAGCAUGCACCGUUGCUCACCGCGGGCGGUCUGAGUCGAGAGGCGUUGGAUUUGGUGGGGGAUGCACAGGUGGAUUUCUCGGACGAGAAAAAGACCACAGUCUUCAGUGCGGAGGAAAGGGCGGUGCUCAAGUAUACUGACGCGAUGACCAAGACCGUGUCGGUCCCGGAUGAGGUCUUUCAGGGGUUGAAGGGUUGCUUCAACGAGAGGGAAGUGGUGGAAAUUACGGCGACGGUUGCGGCCUACAACUGUGUCAGUCGGUUCUUGGUGGCAUUAGAUGUUGGAGAGAAGAAUCAUUGA